GAGCUCCAGCCAGCUUUCUCAUCUGUCAGGCAUCUUCUGGGAAAGAGGGAAAUUCAGCAUCUCCUUCUGCCAGCCUCUGCCCCAGCAAGCAGGGUGCUGGGUGACCUGGGCCUGCACAGCCCUGAGCAGGCGGCAAAGCAUUCUCCUGCCCUUUCCUCCCCAGAGGUCUUUGUCAGUAUCCCCAGACAGCAGGCCACGCCUGCUGACCUUGGCCUUUUCACCAUAGGCGCCUGCAGAGAAUACACAGAGUUCAAGGAGGAACCCACAGGAGGAGGAGGCUGUGGAAGCCUGGACAUUUCUGCCUUCCUACUUGGCAUUGGCUUAGAAUUAUUUGUGCUGUAGUAAUAGUCUGAGCUAAUCACUUUCCCUAGCCUAGAUCAGUCCAUAAAAAGUGGGAGUGAUGGCAGUGACACUGUUAGAGGAUUGGUGCAAGGGGAUGGACAUGGACCCCAGGAAAGCCCUACUGGUUGUUGGCAUCCCCGUGGAGUGCAGUGAGGUGGAAAUUAAGGAGACUGUGAGGGAAGGUUUACAGCCCCUGUGCACAUACAGGGUGCUGGGCAGAAUGUUCAGGCGGGAAGACAACGCUAAGGCAGUCUUUCUCGAAUUGACUGACCCUGUUGAUUAUGCUACGAUGCCCAGCCAGAUACCAGGAAAGGGGGGUGCCUGGGAGGUGGUGGUCAAACCCCGUAACCCAGAUGAUGAAUUUAUCAGUAGACUGAACUACUUUCUGAAAGAUGAGGGCCGAAGAAUGGUAGACGUGGCCAGAACCCUAGGGUAUAGCACCCUCCCUGUUGAGGGCAUGGAGCCAGAGGCCAUGCCCCAGAUCAGACCACCGGUUUUUCCACCUCUGAAGGAAAGCAUGUGGUACCGCAAACUGAAAGUGUUUUCAGGCAAUGCUUUCCCAGCCCCAGGUGAAGAGACCUUUGAAGUCUGGCUGGAGCAGGUUACUGAGAUGCUGCACAUGUGGCAGGUGUCCGAGGUAGAGAAGAGGCGCCGCUUGCUAGAGAGCCUGCGAGGCCCCGCCCUGUCAAUCAUGCGAGCGCUCCGGGCCAACAAUGAGUCCAUGACUGUGGAGGAGUGUUUGGAUGCCCUGACACAGAUCUUUGGGAAUAAAGAGGAUUGUAGAACCUCUCAGUUUAGGUUCCUUCAGACCUUUCAGAAGUCUGGAGAGAAAGUUUCUGUUUUUCUGCUGCGCUUAGAGCCCUUCCUGCAGAAAGCUGUGCAGCAAAGCCCCUUGUCAGCACGCAGCGCAGACAUGAUUCGCCUGAAACACAUCCUAGCUCGGGCCUCCAUGACCACCACCCUCCGGGGUAAGCUUGAGCUCUUGGAUCAGCGAGGGUGUGCUCCCACUUUUCUGGAGUUAAUGAAGCUCAUUAGAGAUGAAGAAGAGUGGGAGACUACCGUGGCAGUGACAAAGGAGAAGCAGAGGAACACAGGCAGGGGCCGGAAGGGCUCUGGUAGACAGGGAGAAGCAGAAGCCAUUAUCCUUUCAUCUCACGUCAGUGUGCAGGGAAGGUCCUUCAGUGAGAGCAGCACUCAGACCCUAGAGGAAGGGGCACCCCCAUCAGUGAAGCGCAGGCGACUCCCGUGCUGCAACAGCACUGGAGAAGAAAGCCAUGUCCAGGAAGCUUGUUCCAGUGCUGAAAACGAACCUCCAGAGAAGCAGAGGCCUCAGGUUGCCACUGAAGAGUCGGGAAACGAGAUGGGGGCUGGGGCUAUGAGCCACCCCGAGCCCUGAGAAGCAUUGGCUCAGGUUACCCAGGUGCUCCUUCUCCUGGCAGGAAGCAGAGAUAUUUUAACAAGGGGAAGGGGCAGCAGCAGCAGCCAAUGCAAACCUCAGGGUCCUUGCCUGAUGCACAGGGGCAGGGCAGUCAGGCCCAGGCUGAGCCUCCUCCUGCAGCUGGAGGGGACUCCAACAACCAACACCAAACCACACACGGCUCAUUGAGGGCCAGGUGCAGGGAAUGCAUUCCGGGAGCUGCACCCAGCACCUGGAGUACCUGGACCUGGGAUGGGGAUCCCAAACAAGGAUGGGCUGAAGGAGGUGUGGUUGGGGCCCCAAGCCUGGGUGAUAACUCAGCCAUCUGGCCACCGCUAAAUGUGCACCCCAUGGGCUACGAGCUAAAGGAGCUCACCAGCCCCCAAGCAUCGCAGGGCCUGGAGGAGUCUGCCCUGGGGCCACCCCUGCCAGGAUUCAGGGCCUGUGAGGAAGACCUGCGAGGCAGAGUGCCAAAGCCCUGCAGGGGAGACUGCAGGCUGCAGCCGGUCUUCAGGAUGAUCUACACUAUGCUCGGGGAGCCCCAGCUUGUGUUUAUGCAGAGGCCUGGAGCAAGCAGACAAGAACCUGGGGCUGGCAUGGCCAUCAUGACUCAGCAGCUGCCAAUGUCAAGGCCAGCCCCAAACCCUACCAAUUUGGGCAGCCAACCUGGAAGCACUUCUAAGUAGCCAGCCAUGGCCUCGAUGCAGGCUGAUCGCUGCCCGUCCUCGCACAGAUGUGUGUUCUUACCCAAGAAGCUCCUUCCCAGAGACCCCCAGCGCAGUCCCAGGAGGCAGCAGGAAUGUGCACCCCCAUACAGCUGGGAGAAGAGCUGGACCAAGGAUGACAGAAGGAGGGUUUCGAGAGCAUCCCAGGGGACUAUGUUUUGGUGUCUCUUGUCCUUGACUUGGCGGGGGGGGGGGCGUCCUGCUGUUAUUUCUGGUGUUCUGUGACUGGUCUGUGCAGGCCAUGGGGCAGGGCCACCCCCAAGUGGGUGGGUCUUGAGGGUCUUCUCUGAAGUGAGUGGCAAUUGCCAGAGUCCAGCGUCCUGGCAAGGGAUAGAUCAUGGGGCCUGGGAUCCAUGGCCUCAAGUGGCGGUUAGCAGUUUCUGUCUUUUGCUGUUCCCAUCCCUGCAGUGCUUGUACUAAAUGUUUCUGUUCAAUAAAUUGCAUUAAAUGUUCCA